AUGUCUCGAGUUAUUCCAGCUAGGUAUAUUCGCGUAGCAAUACUAGCAGUUAUCCUGAUAGGAAUGCUAGUUUUCUACAUUAACGAUAUUCCAUGGUUUAAAGAUGCCGAGACCUUGCUAUUAUCAGAAUCAACAUGUUUAGAUGAUAGUGUUAACAAGUUUAUAGCGAAGCUUAAGUUUGAAAACUAUAUAAUCUAUAAUCCGAAAUCAGCCAGCCAUCAAUAUUUUCCUUAUGCAGGGAAUGGAAAACUUAGCGUCUACUAUAAAAAGAAACAAUUCCAUACGGCAAUCACUAUCGAUCAUGAUCACUUGGCUAUUGAUUUACCUUAUAGUCCUAUUAUCCAUUUCAAUGUAUCUGUUGAUAACAUUUCUUUAAAAUCGGAAGGUACCUAA